AUGUCAUCAGAAGCUAGAUAUCCCUGCACAUAUAUCGAUUACUAUAUAUCUUACAACUUCAAUGCCACUUUCAAAUCCUCUCCGUCCAAACACAAACUUAAGAAUCAGGAAUUCUUUUAUUUAUUAAUUUUAUCUAACAUGGAUCCUAAAUCCUCAAACCUCCCACCCGAAGCUAUUGCUUUCGCCUCGAGAAUGUACGACGCUGCUAGAGCGGGGCAGAUGGAUAUUUUUCAACAAGCAUUGCCAGCGGGACUACCAGCUAAUAUGACGAAUGAAAAGGGUGACAGUCUUCUUAUGCUCGCAGCAUAUCACGGCCACGCCCCGCUCGUCAAACUCCUGUUAUCGCACGGCGCAGAUGCCAAUUCGCUGAAUGAUAGGGGACAGUCGCCUCUAGCUGGUGCGGUGUUCAAGAUGGAGUCUGAGGUGGUUGAGACGUUACUUGAGGGGGGAGCGGAUCCUGAUUAUGGGACGCCGAGCGCGAUGGAGGCUGUGAAGUUGUUUAAGCAGGAGGAGAAGUGGAAGGGAAGGUUUGAGGAGGCAAGGGGGAGGGGGAAGGCUGGUGGGAAGUAG